AAAAACAGCUCUUUCUUCUGGGCCGCCGACAUGCCAUCCAGACUGAGAAAGACCCGGAAACUUCGGGGCCACGUGAGCCAUGGCCACGGCCGCAUUGGCAAGCACCGGAAGCACCCAGGAGGCCGGGGUAAUGCUGGUGGCAUGCAUCACCACAGGAUCAACUUUGACAAAUAUCAUCCAGGUUACUUUGGAAAAGUUGGUAUGAGGCAUUACCACUUAAAAAGGAACCAGAGCUUCUGCCCAACUGUUCGCCUUGAUAAACUGUGGACCUUGGUCAGUGAGCAGACACGGGUAAAUGCUGCCAAAAACAAGACUGGAGCUGCUCCUAUCACUGAUGCGGUGCGAUCGGGCUACUACAAAGUAUUGGGAAAGGGAAAGCUCCCCAAACAGCCUGUCAUCGUGAAGGCCAAAUUCUUCAGUAGAAGAGCUGAGGAGAAGAUUAAGGGUGUGGGGGGAGCCUGUGUCCUGGUAGCCUGAAGCCACAUGGAGAGAGGUUCAUUAAAUACUAACAACUGCUUUUC